AUGAAAGGUCCUCGCCUGAAUAAUCGCGAUGAGCAGGAGCUCAGGACGGAACCAAUACCGACUCUUAUAGAUUUUUCUCUACCGCGUGGGAAAUUCAAGUCGAACUCAUCAUCAAUAUCAUCAAAACAAACGUCGAAAACUGAUUUUAAUGCUUCCUAUUAUCAGAUAGUCGAGGAGCAUCAGGCCAAAAUCGAGAAAUGUCUUCGAGAUAUCGUGCACGAAAUUCAACCAGGUGGCUCGAAAGGCAUGGUAAAUGACUACAAAAUCGGUAAGAAGAUUGGGAAAGGUCAGUUUGGCCAAGUUUAUUUGGCUCAAAGUGCAGACGCCGUGUUUGCCGUGAAAAAAAUACCAAAGCGUCCAGAAAACUCUCAACAGUAUUCUGUUAAUCAAGUCAUGAGGCAAAUUCAAAGGAGGAAACUGAUGGGAGGCGGGUUCACCACCGGGGAUCAGGCAGUGAAAGAGAUGAAUGUGAGUAAAAUAAGGUGGGAAGCGUUUGUUGCUAGCCGAUUGCAUCACGAAAAUAUUCUUGAACUUCUCGAAUGUCUGGAUUCUCCCGUGAGUCCCGAUAUCUGGAUCGUGUGGCCUUGGGCGACGAUGGGCGAACUCGUUUGGAAGCGAGAUAGAAAGGAUCAGGCAGUAGAUCAAUGGUGUGCGUUUUCGAAACGCCCUGUCAGCGUGGAAGAAUUUACGUGGGUUGUUUUGAGAAGUUUGACUUCGGGUUUAAUUUAUCUUUCUCAGCAAGGCUGCACCCAUCGCGACAUAAAGCCAUCAAACAUUUUACUAGACGGCAGCAGUAGUCAAAUCAAAAUAUCAGAUUUCGGGAGCUGUCUCGUGAAUCCAUCGAAAUUACCUUUCAAAGAUCCUAAAAUCCAAAAGGCCCACCAAGAAGAGUUGAGAAAAAUCGUGGGUACUCCUGCGUUCAUUCCUCCCGAAUUGUGCAAUUUUCAGAAUGAGCCACACGAACUGGAAGCUUCGAAAAUCGACGUCUGGGCUCUUGGAGUGACAGUCUAUUGUUUGCUUGAAAACGAACUGCCAUUCUGGGGGGAGAACGAGUUUGACAUAUUUCACAAGAUAGUCAACGAAAAGCUGCAUGCGACCGAGAAUCAGUUAAAUCAGCUUAUAAUCUCGAAAUUACUACAGAAAGAUUAUACGAAACGAAUAGGUCUUCAGGACCUUUAUGUUUCGCUGUAUAAAAGAGGACCUAGCAGAAACAACAAUUCCAAAGGCGUGAGACGUUUUGUCAAGAAAAUACGAAAUCUUACCAUUAAGCGAAGGGCCGGAACCAAAACAACCCCAAAUGAGCUUCCGCAGAACGUCAUAUGGCUUGAAGACAAUUCCAACGCAUUGAAUGACUCUUCAGAGUCCUUUUCAAGCACCUCUACCCUCGAUGAACCUGUACAGGUCAGAGAGUUCACCUCUAGCUCGCGUCUUUCUAGAAUCAAUGAUCAAGACGAGGAGGACCUGGGGGACGACUCUGCAGAAACGACUUCGACUGUCGAUGAGAUCAGCGAAAAUGUUAUAACGGCCGUCGAAGAUGCAUCGCCCUCCCCUCGGACUCCCAAUGAAUCAACCCACGGAUCCAGUCCGUCACCUUUCAAAAUUGAUUCUCCCUUGAAAAAUCUUAUCCGCAUGAAAAAUACUCCCGAAAAAGCACUUACCGCAGCUGGCUCUGCGCAGGCUACUACCAGCCAUUCAGGGUCCCAUAUGUUGGCAUCUCGUGGCACUCUGGAUUUUUCAAAGUAUUUCACGUCGCCCUCAAAACUUAGUCAAACGAAAGACGGUAACGUCGACACCAAAAACGUUACAAAAUCGGACUCAUUCACAGACAUAAGAAAGUAUUUGAAUUACGCUGAAUAA